AGACAUUCGUCCAUGUAGAAGCCGUGUUCUGAAGAUUGCGUCCUUGUCGCUGUCCGCGAGUGUGUUGUGUGUUGGAUUUAGCAACGUUUGUUCGAAACGAUGACGCACAAUCUCGUUUGCGUUCGGCGAAUUUUCGCAUCUAUCAUUCAAACGAAAUCAUUAGGUAGAUUACAAGAACAGCGACGCUCGUUCACGGCUUCGUCUUUCCUUGCCGCUCGGCUUUUCACCCCAAAGCACGAAUGGGUCGAUAUAGACGGGAAAAUUGGUACCGUGGGAAUUUCGGAUCACGCUCAACAGUCUCUAGGAGACAUUGUUUACUGUCAGUUGCCGAAUGCAGGCCAAGAGUUGAGCCAAUCUGGUGAAUGCGGUGCCUUAGAAAGCGUUAAAGCCGCUAGUGAAGUUUAUUCGCCGGUAUCUGGGAAAGUCAUCGAGAAAAACAGUGCUUGUGAAGACUCCCCUGGACUGAUCAAUACUUCAUGUUACGGAGAAGGUUGGCUAUUCAAAAUCGAGCUCGCAAAGCCGGAGGAGACGAAGGAACUCAUGAGUGAGGAAAAAUAUCUGGAGUUCCUCGCCACACAGGAAUAAAAUCGUCGGAAUAUUUCUUCCGGCGUGAAUUUUAGCUGAACGUAGCUGUGAAACGGGUGGUUGUGCUUCGCUAUUAUUUGUAGCGUGCCAUUGCCGUGAAAAAUCUGCAAUGAAAAAUAUUGUGCAAUCUUUUCGCCGAGCUUCAGAGCAGAUCUUGUUGCUCGUGUGGAAUAUAUUUCUGUAACAUCUA